GUCACUCUCCCUUUUCUCCGCUUCGGUGAGGCGUUUUAGUGGUGGUGGUGGUGAUUAAUGGCGGCGGCAGGGACUAAUGGCGCGGUGGUGGUUGUCGUUGGAGGAGGGGAUCUGAAGGCGACCUUCCGCCAGAUCUACGAUCGCCUCAAGUCGGAGCUGCUCCAAGAUGACGCCUUCGAUUACACCGACGAGGCCCGCCAAUGGAUCGACAGGAUGCUGGACUACAAUGUACCUGGAGGCAAGCUAAACCGUGGAUUGUCUGUCAUCGAUAGCUACAAGUUGCUUAAGGAAGGGAAUCAACUCAAUGAUGAAGAGGUCUUUCUAGGAUGUGCCCUCGGUUGGUGCAUUGAAUGGCUUCAAGCAUAUUUUCUAGUCCUUGAUGAUAUCAUGGAUAACUCGCACACUAGGCGAGGUCAACUUUGUUGGUUUAGAGUUCAAAAGGUUGGACUUAUUGCCGUAAAUGAUGGAAUUCUACUCCGCAAUCACAUUCCUCGGAUUCUUAAAAGGCAUUUUAAGGGAAAGCCUUACUAUGUAGAUCUCCUUGAUUUGUUCAAUGAGGUUGAAUUUCAGACAGCUUCAGGGCAGAUGCUUGAUGUCAUUACUACUCAUGAAGGAGAAAAGGAUCUGUCUAAAUAUACACUGCCAGUUUACAAUCGUAUCGUGCAAUACAAAACUGCCUAUUAUUCCUUUUAUCUUCCGGUAGCAUGUGCACUGCUAAUGGCAGGUGAAAAUUUGGACACCUUUGUUGAUGUGAAAAACAUUCUUGUUGAAAUGGGUACAUACUUCCAAGUGCAGGAUGAUUUCCUAGAUUGUUUUGGUGAUCCUGAAGUGAUUGGUAAGAUUGGAACCGACAUUGAAGAUUUUAAAUGUUCUUGGCUUGUAGUGCAAGCCCUACAACGCGCUAAUGAGAAUCAGAUGAAAACUUUGUCGGAGAUCUAUGGAAAGUCUGAUCCAACUUGUGUUGCAAAAGUGAAGAGUAUUUAUAAAGAUCUCGAUCUCCAGAAUGUAUUUGCCGAGUACGAGCGGACCAGUUAUGAACAACUGAUAUCUUCAAUUGAGGCCCAGCCAAGCAAAGCGGUUCAGGGUGUACUGAAGUCUUUCCUGCAGAAGAUCUACAAGAGGGAGAAAUAGUCUCACAAGGAUAUAUUUUGAUCGAUGAUGGUGCGAUAGAGUAGUUUGUCCUGUAAUUUCCCCUUGAUUUGCCUUGCAUUAUGUUAUUCUUUUUGCAAAUCAUGCUUCUGUGUCUUGUGAGUCGAACUAAACCAGAUCUGCUUCACUAGCUUUAUGUUCCUCAGUAGAGUUUGCUCUUUGGAGACCCUUUGUUUUCGUUUUA